AUGGCAAAGUUAAUGAGACCAGGUCGUGUAGUUGUUUUAUUGAGUGGUCGUUAUGCUGGAAAAAAGGCAGUUAUUGUAAAUACAUUUGAAAGUGGCACUAAAGAAAGAUCAUUCCCAUUUAUUUUAGUAGCAGGUGUUGAGAGGGCACCAUUAAAGGUUCAUAAAAGGUUAUCAAAAAGUAAAUUGAAGAAGAAGACGACAAUUAGACCAUUUUUGAAGUCUAUUAAUAUGAACCAUGUAAUGCCAACUCGUUAUGUCGUAACAGAGUUUGAUAUCAAGACUUUAAUACAAGGGUUUGAUAUGCAAGAAGCUGAAGGAAAGAAACAAGCACUAAGAGCUUUACAUGUUCUUUUCAAUGAGAAACUAAUUAAUAUUCAGUCAGACAAAGGUAAAGCACCAAAAGACUUGAUCUUCUUAAGAAGACCCUUGAGAUUUUAG